AUGUCAGCAAGGUGCCAAAUAAUUUCAUAUCAUGAUUCGACAACUGGAAGCAUCUUGUUCCCAUCAUCCGAUUAUCGAAACAUUUUUGUCAUUGUUGAACAUGAUGAUUUUGAUUCAUUUAAAAAUGUUAUGAUGAAUAAUUAUCAACAGGCUGUUAAAAUGCGUAAUGAUCGUCAACAGACGAUAUUGCAUGUUAUUGUAUUACGUUCAUAUGCAUACGUUUGGAUUCGCCUAUUGUUGGUGCGUGAAUGCGAUCUAUCUGCUCAAGAUGUUGACGGGUAUACUGCCCUUCAUUACGUAUGUGAACGAGAUGACGUAGAAAUGUUGAAAGCUUUAACAGUUAAAAUUCACUCAACAAUGCAAUAUUUGAAUAAUGAGCAAUUGGAAAAAAUCGAUAAAAAUUGUCAGAAAGCAUUUCGAACAUCGAAUAAAUAUGGUAUUACUCCUUUCAUGCUGGCAUGUUUUAAAAAUGCCAAGAAAUGUAUAGAAUACUUUUAUGAACAACAUCAAGAAAUUUGUUAUGAACAAGUUAAUCAGCAGGUUAGUUUUUUCCCGUAUUUGAAAAAAUGCAUAAUAUAUCAGGGUCAAGCAUCUUUUUCACUGAAUGAUUCACAAGAUAUUAAGAAUUUCAUUCUAUUCCAGCAAAAUGCAACUAACUCAUGAUCCAAAGACAAUGGGCCUUUUCUAUCUUAGGUAUAGAUCUCGAGUGCCACUGUUAUUGGUUAUUGAAAAGCAGCUAUUUGACGAUCCAUACUCUCUUCUUGAAAUUUAUAGUUUUCUUCAGAAAAAGAGUCGCGCCUAGUCUUACAAAUAUCAUUGAAAGAAAUAAUAAAUAUGGACAUAUUUGCCUGACAAAAUUGCGCGUAUUGACUGUUGUUUCAAUCGAGCAAGAGCGCUCAAUUUUCAGAGACAAAAACCGCAUAUUUCUCUAUUACAAAUCCAUUUAAAAAAUUUGAUCGAAAAAGGAACCUCUUUCGUAAAUGUUUGAUUUAUUGGUAGUCUCGAUGUUAUUGUGAUUGUUUAAUUAUUAAUUUUUCUUUGUUCAAAUUUACAACGUAUAAUAGUGUAUAAUGAACAGCAUAGAAUAGUUCAACAGUUAUGUUCUUAUUAGAAUAAUUUUCUGAUGAAUGUCGUAUCAAGAACAAAACAUUGGAUCUGUAAAUAAACUAUCUGUAAUCAAAACAAAGAAAGAGUUAAAAAUGCAAACGGGCAAAUUUUGGAGAAUAAUCGACGUAUUUUUUGAAGAAAACUAUAAAUUUCAAGAAGAGAGUAUGGAUCGUGAAAUAGCUGCUUUUCAAUAACCAAUAACAGUGGCACUCGAGAUCCAUACCGUAGAUAGAAAAGAGCUAUGACUACGUUUUGCCUAUAAAACAGAAGGCUCAUUGUCUUUGAAUCAUGAGUUAGUUACAUUUUGCUGAAAUGGAAUGAAAUUCUUAAUAUCUUGUAAACCGUUUACCUCACGAGAUCGGAACUUGUUGGGUAUUCAGUAUUUCGCUAAAACUAUGACUAUAAAGCGAAGAAAUAGUUACAACGAUCUUCAGAUGCAAGGUGAACAUACUUUUGAUUUUGUACUGUAUAUUUCAAGGAUCGUUUUGGUGAUGUUUGUAUACAUUAUGCCGUAGCUAGAAACAAUAUCAAACUAGCAGAAUUCCUCCUUAGUCAAUGCUGUGCGAAUGUUAAUGGAAGUGAUAGUGAUGAUACUCUACUUCGUCCAAGUCCAUUAGACAUUGCCUUAUUUAACAAAAAUCAAUGCAUAACUGAUUUAUUGAAACAAUACAAUGGUAGAACAAAACUCAGAGUACAACGAAAUACAAGCUACUACGAAAGUACGGAAAAAGCAACUCUCUAAAAAAAGGCGUAUUUUAUAGAACUCUAAAAAAAGGGUUUAGUAGGCAAAAAAGGUUCCAUUCUUUGUACUAAGCCCCAAAGGAUAUUUGAAACCAUUUAGAAAACCGUUCAUGCCCUUUCUAAAUAGAUAUGAAAACUAACACGAUUCUCAGUGAAAAAUGAGUUCUUCUCUUAACAGCAUCAAUCUUUUAGUUGUUUCAAGAUACCUAUUCAUAUUACAAUAUGCCUGGUAAGGAUAAUAUAAACCUAUGAACAUGUUGUAUGACACAGAUAUGACGUCC